AUGAACUUUACUAGACUAAUUUCUCAAAGAGUUCUUACUACUCUUGAAAAGGCUAAAAUUGUUUGUUGGUUUGAAGAAACUAAUUCUUUUGCUAUUGUCAAAAGACGUUAUGUUUCUGAAUUUGGAAUGGAACCACCUAGUGUUGAUCUUGUAAAAAAUUUACACAAAAGAUUUCUUGAAACUGGAAGUGUAACUGAUGUUGCAUCAAAAGAUACCAUACCAAUGGGAGUUCUUCAUAAACCUCAUAAUUUUGAUAGUUCUCCUACUCGUAUGUAA